AUGACCAAACUCAUCGAAACCAUCGACCUCUCGAACACGUCUGCGGCGUACUACGCCCCAGCCACAAUCACUCGUGCCAGUUCCCUGGUGCACGUAUCAGGCUUGCCCGGCAACACCAAAGAUGGCAAGGUCCCGUCAGACUACGACUCCCAAAUUCACCUCGCGCUGCUCAACCUACGCAAAGUCAUCAUAGCUGCCGGAUCGACGGUAUCCAACAUUGCGAGUUUGACUCUCUACAUUGUGGACUACGAUGCCUCUAACCGCCAACAUGCCCGCCACGUCCAGCGGUUCCUGGGAACGCACCGCCCCGCAAUGACACUCGUUCCCGUACAAAAAUUGGCGGUGCCGGGCUGGCUGAUCGAGAUCAACGCCGUGGUCGCCCGACCAGAAACACCCUCAGUUCCUCGAAGCCUUCCAUCGGUGCAGGAGAGUGUCGAUGUUGUCAUUAUCGGUGCGGGAUUGGCGGGUCUCUCUGCCGCUCAUGAGGUCCGACGGGCUGGGCUAAGCUGCGUUGUGUUGGAGGCCCGAGAUCGUGUGGGCGGCAAGACGUGGAGUCAACCGAUGGAGGAUGGCAGGGACAACGGCGUGUUCGACCUCGGCGCGGCGUGGAUCAAUGACACGAAUCAAAGCAGGAUGUAUGAACUUGCGAAGAGAUAUGGCGCUGAGUUGAUCGAGCAGAACACCAACGGUAACUGCGUUCUUCAAGAUUUCGAUGGCAAAUGCAGCCCUUUCCCGUACGGGGAGCUGCCCAAGUUCAGUGAAUCGACGCGCGAUCAUCUAGCUCAAAUCAGGGACAUGGCAGAAGCAGACUGCCAAGCCCUCGACGUUUUCAGACCACGGGACACAUCUCUCGACUCUCUCACAUUCGAGGCUUAUCUCAAAUCUCGAGGUGCCGAUAAUGUUGCUUUAGCCACAGCCACAGUCUGGACACGGGCCAUGUUGGGCCAAGAGCCAAAGGACAUCUCCGCACUGUACUUCCUGAACUAUUGCAAGUCGGGCGGUGGACUGCUGCAGAUGCGAUCGGAUAGAAAAGAUGGAGGACAGUAUCUCCGGGUCCGCCAAGGCACGCAGCUCUUCUCUAAAGGGCUGGCUUCGUCAUUGCCUGAAGGAAUCGUCCGUCUCUCUAGCCCCGUUCAGGCUGUUGUACAGAACGAGAAUCGCUCAGUUAAAGUCGAGGCCGGCGGUAAGGUCUACUCAGCGCAAAAGGUCAUUACGACUGUAGCUGGUCCCGUCCUCAAGUCGAUUUCAUUUCAGCCAGCGCUACCCCAUACGAAGCUGGCCUGGAUCGAGUCACAAACAUACGGAUACUACACGAAAGCUAUGAUGGAGUUCAGCACCCCGUUCUGGGUCGAGAAGGGAUAUUGCGGCUUGGCUCAAUCUUUCGUCGGCCCUGCUUCUGUAAUUCGUGACACGAGCAGUCCGGCAGACAAAAAGUUCGUACUAACGUGCUUCAUGGCCGGCGAGCCUGGCAAGGCAUGGGCGGCAACGACAACCACCGAGCGAGAGAGCAGCCUACUAGAGCAACUGAGUCAAUUAUAUGGUGUCGAGAAUAUUCGUCAGCUCUUCAAGCAGAUGGUAUUCUACGAAUGGGUCACCGAUGAGUUUUCGGGAUUGGGAUGCCCUUGCACGUCACUCACUCCUGGAGUUCUUGACACGCUCGGUGGAGAUGGGCUUCGGGAGCCGUAUCGUGAUAUCCAUUUCGCGGGAACAGAAACCGCAGGUGAAUGGAAGGGAUACAUGGAGGGCGCUGUAAGAAGUGGAGAGCGGGCGGCUGUGGAGGUUGUGAAAAGCCUUCAAGGCGGUCUGAUAUCACGCCUCUAG